UUUCGCUCGACAAGCGCAACAUGUUUGAAGCCCGAUUGUCCCAAGGCAAGAUCGUCAAGCUCAUCAUUGAAGCGAUGAAGGAGUUGAUCUCGGAAGGUAACAUUGACUGCACCAAGUCUGGCUUGGCCUUGCAGUCCAUGGACGGGUCGCACGUGUCGUUGGUAUCGUUGUUGUUGCGUGCGGAAGGGUUUGAACACUACCGAUGCGACCGCAACAUUUCGCUGGGGAUUCAAACUGCGUCGUUGUCUAAGAUUCUCAAGUGCUCGGGCAACGACGAUGCGCUCUCGCUGUCGGCGGAAGACGAAGGCGACGUCCUCAACAUUACGUUCGAAGCAUCGUCGGGAGAUCGUGUCUCCGACUUUGGCCUCAAGUUGAUGGACAUUGACAGCGAACAUUUGGGCAUUCCGUCCACCGAAUACGUGGCGACCGUACGCAUGCCUGCGUCAGAAUUCCAACGCAUUUGCCGUGACUUGCACACGAUGGGCGACACGUGCACCAUCAGCGUGAGCAAGGAAGGCGUCAAGUUCAGUGUGUCGGGUGACUUGGGUAACGGCAACAUCACGUUGAAGAACAAUGCAGCUGCUGAAAAGGAAGAAGACCGCGUGAUCAUUCACAUGGAAGAGCCCGUGGAGCUUACGUUUGCUUUGCGAUACCUCAACAUGUUCACGAAGGCGACGCCUUUGAGUGCGACCGUGACCCUGUCCAUGUCACCUGGUGUCCCCGUCGUGAUCGAAUACGCGAUCGGCGAAAUGGGGUACAUCCGAUACUACCUGGCGCCCAAGGUCGAAGAAGACGCAAACUAAGGCAUUGGCGCUGUGGCAUCCAUAUAUUUAGAAGCUUUUCGUGUCGAAAGAACAGGUGAAUGAAAACCGUGUCUACUAGGAGCAUUCGACGUCGUGGUGCCGCGC